AUGAAAGAAGCGCAUAUCCUCCGCCUGCACGGCCGUCAUCCUAAGCAGAUUCUCCGUGUCCCGAAGAUUAGCGUUCAGCUGCUCCAGCUGAUUAUGCAGGUUGCUGUACUGGCGCGUCUUGGCCAUCGACAUGGAGGAGCUGCCCAUGGAGGAGGGGCCGGCGGUCGUGGAGGCGGGGAGGAUGGAGUGUCGGGGGAGGGAUUGGGAGUGGUCUGUAAAGAGGAGAAGUGUUUGCAGUUGUGUAGAUGGUGGUGGGUUGGACAAAGUGAUGUGCCUCCGGCAACAAAUGCUGCCAUGGUCUGUCUACCUUCAGGCAUCACUCUUGAAUCUUACACGAGUGGUAGUGUUACUGUUGGUGGUGUGAUGUUCGCGCCAGAGCCCAUACAGAACAGCACAGAACAGCUAUGGAAGGAGACGGCCAAGGAAAUCAAGUCAAAGGAGGGCAUGCGUGUCAAACAAAGCAGCGGAGAUGGUAGGGAAUAG